GUAGCCGCAGCUGGAUGCUGUUGCUGCCCUGGGAGCGGGGGCUAGGCCAGGAGCAGCUCCUAGCCAGCGGCACGAAGGCGGCAUCACCUGCCCCCCGCCCUCAGGAGGGAGGAGCCCUCCCCGCCCUCUCCUCUAUCACGUGGGAAAACAAAUGCUGCGGCCGCUGCCCUGCCCCUGGGGCCCGGCGAGGCAGAGCGGCACCAUGAAGAUGCAUUUCAGCAUCCCCGUCUCGGAGCAGCUGCUGGAGAAGUUCGGGGGCCGCUACGUGGUGUACUCUGUGUACCUGGAAGGCUUCCUCUUCUGCAAGGUGCGCUACAGCCAGCUACACCACUGGAAUGAUCAGCUAAGACGGAUCUUUGGGAGUACCGUGCCUGCUUUCCCUCCAAAGUUCUAUCUUGCAAUGACCAAGUCCAUGGCUGAUGAGAGGAGGUCUCAGCUUGAGCAAUAUCUACAAAGUGUAACUGUAGAUCCAAGUAUUACAAACAGCGAUGUCUUCAUCAGUUUUUUUAGAAAAUUACAGCAGGAUACAUUUCAGAUCCAGACACAGAGAGCCUCUCUGGAUGUUUACCUGGCUGACGGAAGGAAUGUUAGGCUUGAUAUCCAGACAUCGGACACUGCUGAAAGAGUACUAGAGGUUGUCUCAUACAAGAUGGGGCUGUCAAGAGAAUUAAUAGGAUAUUUUAGCUUAUUUUUUAUUCAAGAUCACAGCAAUGGAGUUCUCUCUGUGGUGAAAAAAGUGGCAGAAUUUGAACUUCCCUACGUGAGUCUUCAGAGUAUGAAAGAGUCAGACUGUAAGAUUGGGAUCAGAAAAUGGUAUAUGGAUCCCUCUCUUGAUAAAAUGUUAAUGGACUGUGGCGCUUCAGUGAAUUUACUCUAUAUGCAGGCACUGCAGGAAAUUGAGAAGAAUUGGGUCAAACCCACAGAUGGACAGAUGCAGAAACUGGAAUCGCUACAAAAAGCGGCAAACAAAAUGAAGGUUCUAGAGCUGGUUCAGGAAGUGCAGCACUAUGGAUAUAUACAGCUUGAUCCCUGCACCUGUGACUAUCCAGAAGUAGGCUGUUCUGCUGCUGUUCAUGUAGGAAAUAAUGAGAUUAGCUGCUGCAUAAAGUUACCUAGUAACCAGACCAAAGAGGUCAGCUUCAGGAUCAACAGGGUGAGGUGCUGGCAGGUCACUUUUCUAGGCGCUAUUACACAGCCAAAAGACCAAGGACAUGAGCAGACCCUAGAGCUCAGGUUUGAGUACAGUGAUUCGGACUCAUGGAGAUGGAUCGUCUUUUACACAAAACAGGCAUUUCUACUGAGUAGCUGCUUAAAAAAGAUAAUAUCAGAACAGCUGAUGAAGACAACCAAAGGAGACAAAGAAAUGAUUGAGAUGCCUGAAUCCCUGAAGAGUAAAAAAUCCAGCGUCCAACAAAGUCAGAUAGCUCACUCUGGUUUUAUACCAAGAAAAAGGAUUUUGGUUAGACCAAAUAAAGAGGAUGGUGUUUUUGAGAAGAUAAGAGAGGAAGAUCUGUGAUAGAUUAUUUAGAACUGCCUAUAAAAAUAUGUUGCAAAGUAUCAAUUAUAUUAAAACAGUCUUCAAUUUAACAAUACCUUAUACAUUUUUCUAAUUCCUUGACAAUUAUAACAUUCUUGAUCUUGUAGUUUUAAAGAUCCAGUUAACCACUCCCUGGAGUUAGAACUUGCUACAAAUUUGAAGAAAAAGUGAAGACAGGGCAACAUAAAAACAUCUUACAUUUCUUAUAUAUGUGUAUUUUUAUAACUGAAAUUAAAAAAUUUUGAAAUAGAAAACAGUCUACUGAAAUGUUAGAGCUGGAGAAUUUUAUUUUGCAUUAAAA